AUGUCAAACAAAUUCCUGCUUAUCCUCAGAGGUUUAUUUCCUGAAGAUAACUAUGAAGAUUACCAAGUUGGGAGUCUUAUUCUAAAACAUCUUAAGAGAGAUUAUAGUCAAGAAGCAAAUUCCUUAUUAGAUUGGCUGGAAGCCGGCAUUUUUGAUGCCUUAGAUCAUCAACAUCUUCGUGCUGUCAUCUUUGGUAUCUUUCUUGAUCCGAAAGAACCAAAUAAACUUGUGGAAUGCUAUACUUUUAAAGUAACCUAUCCUAAUGGCGAGCCUUUGCUACGCAUUGAAAAUAAUAAUGGCGAAUUAUUGACAACCGCAGGUGGUGGUCAUGACGUCAUGGCUACCAUGCGUGAAGGAAUAACUGUUGAUAACCGUUAUAUCGUUGUCAAGCUUCACUAUUACGAACAUGUAACACCAGCUGAUUAUGAACCACCAUUCUUUCGCGCUAGUAAUCUUGCUGAAGAAGGUUUUAUAUUUAACUCUCGACCUGAAAAAAUACCAGUCGAUGAUUCUACUACUGAUAAAAUGUUGGUUGAGUCAAAUGAUACAAUAAAAGAUAACGAAAAAUCUUGGAAUGCUGAAGAUGACUCUGACUCUGAAGAUGGUCCAAAAGUGACCAAUAUUGACAUUCCUCCGUUAAAGCGUGACCAAUAUAAUGAGCGAUCUGACAGACGAGAAAUGUCUGUAGUAUCAAAUGUUCCGACUUUGACUUCUAGGUCAAUGUCCAGAGAUAGGCGAGAAAUGUCAAUAGUAUCAAAUGUUCCGGGUUUGACUUCUAGCUCAAUGUCCAGAGAUAGAAGAGAAAUGUCAAUAGUAUCAAAUGUUCCAGCUUUGACUUCUAGCUCAAUGUUCAAAGAUAGGCGAGAAAUGCCAAUAGUAUCAAAUGUUCCGGCUUUGACUUCUAGCUCAAUGUCCAAAGAUAGGCGAGAAAUGUCAAUGGUAUCAAAUGUUCCGGCUUUGACUUCUAGCUCAAUGUCAAGAGAUAGGCGAGAAACAUCAAUAGUAUCAAAUGUUCCAACUUUGCCACCUAGGGUAACUAGAUCAAUGACAAAAGAUAUUAAUCCUACCAAAGUUUAUGAUAAAAAUGAAAGCAUGACUCAUUCAAAUCGAGUAUCUAUGUCGCGUAACAGCGAAUCAAGAAACGGUAGUAUAACACAACCUAUCGACCACUCGCAUUCGAACAAUGUUGAUAGAAAUCGCUGUUCAACAUCUAUUGCUUCAAGAUCAUCACAACUAAGAACUUAUUCUACACAACGGCACAGCCAUUCGUCUCCACGUCAAGAUGUGUCCAAUGAGACAAACUAUGUACCUAUAAACUCUCAAAAUUCUCCUGUAAUUAUUGACGAUGAUGACGAAUCUUCUUCUAACGAAAGCAUGGAUAAUACACUUAAUUAUAAAUGUGAUUGUGGUGUAAAUACUCGUGACGGAGAUAUGAUCAAUUGUGUUAAAUGUAAUACAUGGGGGCAUGUUCCUUGUUAUGGAUAUAAGUCUCUCGAUGAUUCUCGCAUGUCAAAAUAUCAUACUUGCUAUCGAUGCCUACGAGAUGAAAAUAACAAUCUUUGGGAAUUAGACGCUCUUAUAGACUUAGCUUUGUUUCGACGUUCUUUGUGGAUUAUUUGGAAAGAAGGAAUUCCUUCAACUUGUCGACAAUUUGCUCAACGAUUAGGUGUCAAGUUGUCUUGUGCACGUCAGCUUCAGACCCGUCUGAAAACUGAAGGAUUUAUUGCCCCUCCUCCAAAGCCUUCUAAAAGGAAGGGUAAAACUGUUGUUGGAAGCAGCACUUCUAAUUCAAACAAUCCAUUUGAAGUCAUAAAAACUGAAGAGAAUAUACGCAAAAUGAAUGAUUAUUUUAACCCAGAUAUUGGACUGAUGCCAAUAUCUCCAGAGAACUUUGACGUGGAGGAUGAUUUCCAUGAAGAAAAUCAUGAUAAUUUACAAAAAACUACGUCAGAAUUCAUUACAAAAGUAAAUUCUCCACCUGUAUUGUCUCAAGAAUUUACUCCAAUGGAAAUUUCUUUUGAAAAUUCUGCUCCGGCAUCACAAGUUACUAUUAUGGAAUCAGAUCAAACCAAUAUAACUAAUAUACAAUCGUCAUCGUCAUUGCUUGAGAACAGAAUAUCUCAUAAUGAAUCAGAAAAAUCUGAUGACGGACAUAGGAAACAUAAAUUACAUGAUAAAAAUUCUGUAGAUGUGGAUGCAGAUGAAGAUGAUCAAGGCCUCAAGAAAAGAAAAGUUUCUAUUAGUAUCGGACAUAUUGCUGUAUUAUAA